CGCACCCCAUGGCUCCCGUCGCGGAACCACCACCAGCAGCCCACCAGCCGGACAACCUGGAGAUCGUUGUGGACGAAAGGCUCCGCCAGCACGCCGGCGACGACGGGAGCAGCUCGCCGAUGACCAUCUUCCGGGUCCCCGCCCAUGUCCGCGACGCCAGCAAGGAGCUGUACGAGCCCCGGCUGGUGUCCGUCGGCCCCUACUACCGCGGCCGGGCGGCGCUGCGCGCCAUGGAGCAGCACAAGUGGAGGUACCUGCACGAGCUGCUCGCGGAGUACCCGGCGGCCUCCUUGGCCGACUGCGUCAGAACAGUUCGCGGCGUCGAGCAACAGGCGCGGCGCUGCUACAGUGAGCGGCCGCCCGUCAUCUUCGCCGCCCAGGCCCAGGGGGGCAGCAGCGAGUUCGCGGAGAUGCUGCUUCUGGACGGCUGCUUCAUCCUCCAGUUCUUCAUCAAGUGGUUCAGAAGGGAGCCCGACAAGCUCUGCGACGUCGGCUGGGGGCUCCCCCUGCUGCUCUCCGACCUGCUGCUGCUGGAGAAUCAGAUCCCCUUCUUCGUGCUCGAGGCGCUCUUCCGCGCGGUGAACCCCCAAGCUAGUAGGCUGGGUCUCCUCAUGCUGAUCGUUCCCCAUUUCAAGGUCGAGGACUCGACCUUCUGCAAACAAGUGCUGGCCGGCGUCGUGCCAACCCAAGCCGCCGGAGAGAUCCACCACCUACUGCAUCUCUUGUACGAGGCCUUGGUGCCCAGGGAAGAGGAGCUGGCCUCCGCGCAGGCCUCCGCCUCGCCGCCGCCAUCGCCGCGGCACGAGUCCCGGCUGCCCCGGAUGGGGCUCAGGCUCAAGACGGCCGUGUCCAAAAGGUUCGCCUUCGUCCGCGACAUGCCGCGGGUGCCGGGCUGGAGGAGACUGUCCGCGUCCAUGACACUGCUGCGCAAAGUCAGUGCCUGGUUCAGUAAGGCUCUGAUCGGAGUGAAGACACAGACGGAGGCGGAGCCGGAUGACCGUAGCAUGGCGGCGCCGCCGCCGCCCAUGGUGGUCCCGUCCGUCACCCAGCUCCGCGAGGCCGGCGUCCGGUUCGAGAAGGCGCCGUCGCCUCGGCACAUGUUCGACGUCACGUUCGACGCGGCGCGGGGCGUCCUGAGGAUGCCGCGGAUGGAGGUGGACUACGCCAACAAGGCGCACCUCGUGAACCUCAUCGCAUUCGAGCAGACCAUGGGUGGCGGCGACAGGCUGCUGUCGAGCUACGCGGCGCUGGUGGGCGCCCUGGUGCGGACGGGCAGGGACGUGGAGCACCUCCAGAAGCGCGGCGUCGCGGAGAACCUCCUCUCUGGCGACGGCGACGCGGCGACCAGGUUCUUCCAGCAGCUGGGCGACUGCGGCAGCCUGGACUACGGGGACCACCACUUCGCCGCCAUGUUCAGGGACCUGAGCGGGUACUACCACUCGAGCUGGCGCAGGCACAAGGCCAGGUUCCUGCGCGACCACUGCAGCAGCCCGUGGGCGGUGCUCGCGCUCGUCGUCGCCGGCUGCGCCUUCUGCUUCGCGGUCAUCAAAUUCGGCACGACCGUCUACGGCCUAGCCCAUCCUUACUGCCACUGCUAGUGCUACAUCGAUACAUGCAUGUAUAUUGUGCAAAAUGGCACUAUACCACACCCCAUAUUAAUGUCAG